AUGGCGGCCCUGGGUGGAUGGGAAGAUGCUCUGGCAUUCAGAGCCUAUGUGGCCGGGGCUCUCCGACCAGGCGUGGCCACCACCCGUGAGGAGAUGUCCAGAGACCUGUUCCCUAUCGUCUCUGUGACGGACUGUAAGUCCCUCUACGACAAUGUCCACCGUGUUGGUGGCCCUCGUGCUCCCACCGAGAAGCGCCUCCUAGUCGAUUUGACUGCUUUGAGGCACAUGGUUAACGACGAAUACCAGAGGUGGGGCCGAGAACUACCUGGUGCAAAGACCCUUCGUUGGGUGCCAACUAAGUCUCAGUUGGCUGACAUCCACCAAGGUCUUGAACGACGUAAAGCAGUGGUGGUGGAACGUGAGGAAUGUGAGGUCAAAGCCUUCCAGCAGUUGGCACGACGGCUUGAAGAGAUGAAUUUGGGGACAGAUCGGCCUGAAUCUGAAUGCCACGUCCGCAUUUUCAAGUCCCAAAUUUUGGAGGCCGACCCAGAACCGAUGGGCCCACCACGUCCAUUAAAGCGUUUGAAAGUGUUUGAAAGCGCGUGA